UCGAGCGUCGAGCAUCAGCAUAAAAAGGCACCUUAAUUGAUUACAAAUUUCUCUUAAUACAUACUUCGUGCAUAUAACCUCAGAAUUCAGAUUUGUCGGCAUACUGCGGCAUAUGUCUACGAGAGAUUGUAAGAUUCGAGAGAAUCGGUAAUCACAAUUAUGAAGAAAUACGUAGAACAGUUAUUAAAAGGAGAUGACAGUUCACAGUCGCUGCAUCUAGCCUUACUGGUUGCUGCAUUUGUUCUUAUAACAUUAGUUUUAUUUAUAUUUUGGCGCAAGAGGAAGUCUAAAGGUAAUAUUAUCCUUUUAACGGGCCUAAGUGACAGUGGAAAAACAUUGAUCUAUGCAAGAUUAUUAUGUUCCCAAUUUGUCAAGACAUAUACAUCUGUUAAGGAAAAUAUAGGAGAUAUUACGAUCAAUUAUCGUUUUUUAAGAAUAGUGGACAUUCCUGGAGAUGAACGAUUACGUGGCAAGUAUUUCGAUAAAUAUAAAUCGUCUGUCAAAGGUCUGGUUUAUAUAAUUGAUGCAGUGACUAUUCAGAAGGAGAUCAGAGAUGUGGCUGAGUAUCUGUAUAAUUUGUUAUCGGAUCCUGAUAUACAGAAGAAUGUUCCUGUCCUUAUAAUGUGCAACAAGCAAGAUCAAACUAUGGCUAAGGGAUGUUAUGUGAUAAAAGCAUUAUUAGAGAAAGAAAUGAAUCUGCUGCGUAUGACAAAGACUAGCCAAUUGGAAGCCACUGACGCGUCGUCGACGAAUGUCUUCCUUGGGAAACAGGGAAAGCACUUUGAAUUCUCGCAUUUAGAUUCGCAAAUUGAUUUUGUAGAGUCGUAUGCGUCAAAUGAUGAUUCUCAAAUGUCAGCUAACAUUGAAGAGCUUAAGAAGUGGUUAAUUAAAAUCGCGUAAUACGAAUCCAAUCUUACUAAAUAUAAAUUAUUGUUUGUAAGUAACUUUGUAAUUAUUAUUAUAUAUACA